AUGGCCUUGAUUGAGCUUGUUACUGCUCUGCCGGAGAGCGUCCAACGUUCUGUGCCGACCAUUGUGACAAUUUCGGCGCUGUAUUUAAGCUGGAGGCUAUGGAGGUUCUCUAUUUCGCCUGCUUUACAUCCGAAUCAACCGAGGCCGCUCCCAUAUCUCGUGCCAUUCUUCGGGCACAUCGUGUCCAUGGCUCAGAAUGCAGGCGCCAUAUUCACUCGCGGCAGAGAAUACUUUGGGAACACUCGAGAGAUCUUCACUGUUACCGUUAUGGGAGAGGAUAUGUACAUCGCCACCUCGCCCGGCGACGUUGUCGCGGUCUACCGUGAUACCCAAAAGCUUGAUUUUGAUGCCUUCAUCAAGGACAUCAUGCAUGACUUCGGAUGCACCAAUGAAACACUUGAGAAGAUGUUUGAUUCUACUGGGAAGCCAAAGCACUGGAUGGACAAAAUUCACGACGACUUCAAGCUCCAAAUGCAUCCUGGAGAUCGUCUGAAAAGUGUCGAAACCCAAUUUUUGGGCAACAUUGACCGUCUAAUGAAUUUUGACUCGAUUCCCGGUACCUGCAUCCUGGAGUCAACUAGAGACUCCAAACUCGUCUCCUUGUGGAGUUGGACUUGGAUUGUUUUGGCAGAAGCUGCCACGCAGGCAUUCUUCGGGGACGGCAUUUUUCAGGUGGCUCCCAGUGUUCUUGAUGAUUUCUGGACCUUCAAUUUGGAAGCCUGGAAGAUACACUCCAAGUACCCCCGAUUUGCGGCCCCUAAAGCAUUCAAUGCCCUGGAGCGAAGUGUGGCGGCAUUUGUCGAUUACCUGCGUUUACCGAAAGGCCAGAGACCUGGGGCCUGUUGGCUUGUCGAACAGCUUGAACGAGUCUGCAAAAUCUGCAACAUUAACACGAACGCAUAUCGGCAGUGCUUUUGGUGUUUGUCUUAUCUUCUACAUGACAAGACACUACUCGAUGAGAUCAAGAAGGAAAUGCAACCAGCUUGGAAGCACCACACUGUCGACCUGCACUAUCUGCUCAACAUGUGUCCACUCCUUGCGUCUUUUUACGAAGAAAUGCUGAGAGUGAAUAAUGAACCUGUUGGCAUUCGUUUAGUUGCGUCGUCUGUGAUAAUUGGUGGGAAGGAGUUGCAGCCUGGCCGCAAACUUUUGAUGCCAUAUAAGCAAUUGCACAUGGAUCCAUCUGUUUUUGGUACCAAUGUCGACAGUUUUGAUGCACGGCGUUUCAUGAAUGAAAAGAGUUUGGAGCGCAGCACUAGCUGGAGACCCUUUGGGGGCGCUAAGACACAUUGCCCUGGCCGGUUUUUGGCAAGGAGAGAGGUGUACAUGUUUCUGGCUCUUGCUAUCUUCCGGUUUGAUGUCAAGCUUGUUCCUGGGCCUGGCGAAAAUGUGCCUAGGUUUCCUCGCGCAGACACGUCUAUUCCUGCUGGUGGCUUGCUGCCUCCAAAAAUUGGAGACGAUGUCUUCAUGGAGGUCAGACGCAGCAAACUGUAG